AUGGGCCCUGCGGACGUUGGCGGCCAGGGAAACGGUCCCCGCGAUGAGGGGAGCAGAGCCGUUGGCGCUUUGCAGGAGGGGGCGAACGCGGAGCUGGGGGCUGACGCCCAGACGUCUGGCGGGCAGGCGAUCGCUGACGAGAUGAACGGGGAGCGGGCGAACGAUGACGAUGCGAGCGGCGGUCACGGGAUCGGCUCCGCGACGCCACGCGACGAGGCGAACGAGGCGACAUCGGCGAACGAGCCGCACCGUGACGAUCGUCGCGGCGGCUCUCCCGCUUAUCGUCGCGAGCUGCCGAUGAGCGACGGCGAGGCUAACGCUCCCGGUGCGCCACAGCCUCUGCGCCGGAGCGCGCGACGAACCCCGCGCGCGGGGGCUCCCGCGGUGACAAGGACCUGCCCGCGCGCGGAGCCAACUCGCGCCGCUGGUCCUCGAAGCGGCGGCGGAUCUGAUCAGCGGACGCCGGCGGAGCAACAGGCACGAUCGCGGCAGGGCGUGCAGGAGGAAGCGGACGGGGAGCAGGAUCGCUCUCCGCGGCGCAUUCGCGGCCCAGAGCGCCAAGGAAAUCCAUUGGCCAACGCUCAAGACGCUCCACUGGCACACGAGGAGGCGACAACGCCGAUCUCCCAGGCGCAACAGGCGGAACCUGUGGCAGCUACUCCGCGGAGCGGACGGGGAAGCACGCGGGGGAGAGGCGGGCGACGAGGAGCGCGCGGAGGGCAGAGGAGCGCAGGCCAAGCGGGAAGGGGAACGCCCCGCCAGUUGCCGAGCCCAAUCUGGUUGGGGGAGCCGGCGGAACGAGUCACGCGCCAGUCGUUCGCUAGACGCGGUGGGGGAGGAGGAACGACAGCGCAAGCACAGGAGGUCCAGCUCUAG